AUGAAAGUUGAAUUAACAAUUGAAAAAAAUGUUGUUCUAAAACGUGAUAAACCAUGGUCACAUUUUUAUUUUCUCAAUGAUAAUGAACUUUUAUGUUAUAAUGAAAAUAAAAAAUUUGAAUUAGUUAAUUCAUCUAAUGGUAAAAUUGAACAUAUUUCAAAUAAAACAAUAAUAAAUAUUUCUAAAACAUCUCUUACUCAUUGUAUAUCAAAUAAUGGUCAAUUAUGUGCAUUUCUUUCUUCAAAUUAUGAAAUAAUAAUAUGGGAUAAAGAUAAAUUAAUUCGAACAAUACCAUCAUGUUCAUUAGCUAAAAAAGCAAUUAAAACACCACCACAAAUUUAUAUAAGUAAUAAUGGUGAACAAGCUAUUCUUAUUUUACAACAACCAUAUCGAUUAUUUCUAUGGCUUAAAUUAUCUCAUUCUCAAUUAAUAUCUGCUAAACAUCAUCAUAAAUCUCCAAUAUGUUCAAGUAUAUCGAGUCAUACAAUAGGUGAAAUAGGUACAUGGCAUGAAAUAAAUUUAGCAAAUCAACAAUUUGAUAUUAUAAAUGAUGAUCAAUAUCAAACAUCUAUUGAUUGUUUUUUUCGUUCAAAAAAUUCUUCAAUUAUUUGUGCAUUUGCUUGUUUUGAUCGAUCAGGUUUUAUUCAAAUAAAUCGUAUUGAUAUUAAUUGGAAAUCAACAAUUUAUUCAGAACAAUUAAUAUCAUAUUCAUUUGAAAUAUUACAAAUACCAAUCAUGUUACCAUCAUUAUCAUCAUCAUUAUGUUUUAUAUGUUUUGCUCAUUCAUCACCUAUAUUAGCUAUUGGUUUAUCAACAAAUAUUCUAUUAAUAUCAUUAACAACAUUAGUAUUUUCAAAAAUCAUACCUAUUGAUUGUUCAUUUAAAACAUCAUCACCAAGUCAUUUACAAGUAUUUAUAAAUGAUUUAAUAUGGAGUUAUGAUGAUCAAUUUAUAAUUGGUUUAACAAAUCGUGGUGGUCUAUUUUUUCUUAAUCGUUUUGGUUCACAAUUAAAUUUAAUAACACAAGGUGAAUGUAUAACACAAGGACCAUCAUUAUUUGUUAUAAUACAUCCAUUAAUUGGAAAAGAUAGUGAAGCAACAACACAUUUAGGUUUAGAUUCAUUUAUGCAAUCAAUUGCACCAUUUUCAGAUGAUGAUAAAACUAAACAACAAAAAUUUUCUUUAGCUGUUAAUACAAAUAAAUCAUUAAUUUAUUGUAGUGAUGGUUAUCGUUUAGCACGUUUAACUUAUUCAAAUAAAAUUCGUGAUAGAAGAUUUUAUGAUCCAUUACUUAGUUUAUAUUUAAUGGAUUUAAAUAAACAACAACAACAAGAACAUUCAGUUUUUAUACAUAAAACAAGAUCAUUUGAUGAAUUUCCAAAAGUUGGUGAUCGUAUUGAUACAGAAAGUAUUGGUGGUGGUGAAAUAAACAUGUCAAAAAAAUAUGGAAGUUCAACAUCAUUAACAAUUGAUGAUUUACCUGAAUUGUCAUUAGAUGAUAUUUUUUCUGCAUAUCAUCUUCUUUUAACAUCAUCGGAACGUAUUCAACAUGAAAUAUGUUCAUGUCUUGAAAGAACAACACGAACAAUACUUCUAGCACCGAAUAAUAAUGAUAUACUUACAUCAAUUCAAUUAUCACAUUGUUUAACAAAUCUUGUUUUAUCAUCUUCAUUUGGUUCAUUAACAUUUUUACAUCUUUCAUGUUUAACAAAAUUUAUACCAUUAUUUAUCGAUGUAUUUAACCAACAAACAACUGUUGUAAAUGAUCCAGAAUUAUUACAAUUAUGUAUUUUAUAUAUUAUUGAACAGUGGUUACAAGCUAUUUUAUAUAUACCAACAAAAUUCAAAACAUUUGAAUUAUGUCGAAGACAAAAAGUAGUGACAUAUAAUGAAGGAGACGAAGAACAAGAAGAAGAAGAUGAAAAAAAUUUUCGACUUUGUAAAGGAAUUAAACAAUUAGAAUUAUUACAAGGAACAAAUAUAAAAUUAGAUGAUUUUUUACCAUCUUCAUUACCUAAUCGACGACAGAAUUUACAGGCAAAUGAUUCACAUUAUAAUCGUUUUACUCUUCUUCGUUCAUGGUAUAAAUUAUGGAUAUCAAUAGAAAAGAAAUUUUAUCUUGAUAUAAAAAAUAUACCAAAAUAUUUAACAACAAUUCGUCUUUUUAUUCAAUCAAUAUUACAUUCAUAUCCAUCAUUAAAUGCUAUUCGUCUAUUACCAUAUGGUCAUCAAAUUGAUUUAAAUGAUCUUUUUCCACCAGUAAUAGCACCUGUUGAUCAUCCAUUGCAUACAAAAGGUUAUUCAACAUUAAAUGAACGUCGAAAACAUCGUCGUCGAUCACGUAAUUCAAUUGAUAUGCCAAAUUCAGCACGUUCAUAUCGUCAUGGAAAACCACCAACAGAAGCACGUAAAGCUCUUGCACUUCAUCGUGUACUUUAUGCAUUAAUUGAACAAUAUAAUAUUCGUGAUGCUGUAUGCAUACUUAAUGUUGCUUUACGACGUGAAACAUCACUUUUAUCAUCAUGUCUUCCAAUAGAUUUAUUUAGUGCAAAUUUAUUUCAACAUAUUGAUACUCGAACUUAUUUUGGUAUGCCUGGUAAUGCUUUACGUUCUGUUCUACGUACUUUAGCUCGAUUUAUGGCUCGAUCAAUGAUAACAACAGAUAAUAAUGAAGAACAACAACAACAACAACAACAGUUAUUUAUUUAUUCAGUUGAUGCAGCAUGUCCAUUACCGAAUCUAUUUAAAACAAAACAAACAACAAAUGAACAAUUAAAACAUCGAAUGAUUUAUAUUGAUCGACAUCGUUUAAAUUUAGCUAUUCAACAACAAAAAAUGAAUAAAUUUUGGCAACCAUUAAAAGUACUUGAAUUAUUUAUACUUGGUCAAUCACCAAAUGAAGCUGUAUUGUUUUCUAAAUUAGUUGGUGAUUGGCGAACAGCAUUAUGUCUAGCUUCUAUAUUACCACCACAUAAUGGAUUAUAUGAUACAUCUAAAUCAACAAAACAUACAUCUCCAUCAUAUACACCAUUAAAUACAAUAACAGUUGAUGCAUUACUUUAUACAAAAUUAUGUGAAUAUCUUCAAAUCGAUAAUCUUAAAUCUGUACUUAAACGUACUUAUAAACAAGAUGAAAUAAUGUCAUUUAUUAAAAAUGUCUCUGCAACAUUAGAACAAUUUCUUCAAUGUGCAACACUUUUACAAGUACCAUUAACUGAAAUGUUAUUAAGACGUUUAAAUGCAAUUAUGAUUUAUUUAUUUACAUUAAUACCAAUAAUUAUAUCAUCAAAAUAUUAUUUACCAUGUCCACCAAUAUAUGCUUCAAUAUUAAAUACAUAUGAUGAUGAUAAAUAUGAUAUAACAUGUAAAUAUGAAACACAUAUACGUUUAAUUUAUUAUCGUACAAUACAUAUAUUUAUAGAAAUAUUAUCAGCUAGUCGAAUACAAUUAUCAUGUCUUAAAUGGUAUUUAGAUUAUUUAACAAUGACAAAUAAUCGACGUAAAAAAACAACAGAUGAAACCAAUGAUAGUUUUUAUUCAAUUAAAAUGUUACUUAAAUCAUUACGUUUUCAUAAAUUACCAAAUAUACCUGAUCGAAUAUUAAUUUAUUUUCGUGAUUUUUGUAUUAUUUUAUUUUUAUUAGAUACUCGUGAUCGUUUAUCACUUACUUUACGUAAUUAUUUACGUCAUAAAAUUGAAUCAAUAAAUUCAUCGGAUAAACUUGCAUGGAAAAUUAUUAGUUAUGCAACAAUACUUCUUUCAUUUCGUUGUUUAAUAUCAGAUGAAAUUGAUUUAUUACGUAUUGUAUUAAAUCUUUUUUUUGAUUUAACACCAUCAGAACAAUUAAUGAGAGCAUUAGCUACAUUAAUUAUUGCACGACAACAUCAAGAUCAUGAUACAGAUAAUAAUGAUGAAGUUACAUUAAUUAUUAAUAAAUUAAAAGCAAAAUGGAUGCAAAUUAAUCCAACUUAUAUUCAAUUAUAUGAAGGAUUUUUAGAAACAAUUAUUCUACAAGAUGUUCAAGGAGAUAUUAUUCAACACUAUAUGAGCGAUAUACAUGAUCAUCAUAAUCAAGAACCAUUAUUUGAUUUUAAACCUAAAUGGUUUGAAACAUGUGUUGAAUACGGUGAAUUUAUGACAAUGCUUAUACCACUUCUUCUUGAUACAUCAUCAUUAACUAAUACAAAACAACAAGAAUUAAAUAAUGAUCAUACUAAAUUUGAUAGUAAAUCAAUACCUUUAUUACAAACAAUGAGUACAAAAUUUCGCGAAUUAGAAUUACCGACAAGUCUAGAUAAACGAUAUUUACUUAAACAAACUCCACUCUUUGUUCCACCGCAUGAAUAUGUAGUUUUUCCUGUACGUGUUGUUCCUUAUGAUACACAACAAACUAUGUUUCAACAAACACCAACAAGUAUAAAUAAUAUGACUAUUGGAAGUUUUGUUAGUACAUCGUCAACACAACAACCACCAGGUGUUGUUAUUCUUGAAAAUCAUCAUCGACGUAAUUAUUAUAAUCCCGUUAGUAAUAAUAAUAAUAAUAAUAAUAAUAAUAAUAAUAAUAAUGGAAAUUCAUCGAUGGAAUGGGAUGGACGUUCAGAUGAUCCAUCACGAUCACAUGUACGACAAUUUGAUGAACCAUAUGCUGAAGCAGCUCGACGUAGUAUUUGGAUGGUAGGUUGGGCUCAUCGUGAUUUUACAACAACUAAUGAUCAAACGCAAACAACUGGUAUGCGUAUUCCUGUAUCAGCACAAUUUCUUGCAUCAAGUUCAUUAGUUAGUGAUCCACAACAUUAUGAAACAGUUGUUAAACAACAUUUACAACAAACUAAAUUAAAUAAUAAUCAAGCAGAUAAUGAUAGUGAUUUAACGAAUGUAACUAAAGAUAGUGAAGAUGAUGAUAGAAGUCGUACACCAAGUGAUUUACCAUCAAGUCCUCGUCGACGUGAUGUUUCAUUUCGAAGAAAUUCACUUGAAGAAAGUGUAUCAUUACCUGUAAUGAGUAAUGAUGGUGGUGGUGGAGAUUUAGGUCGUAGUCAUGAUUUUCGUGCACCAUCACGUGAAACUGGUAUUGAUGAAACAUUAACUUAUGAUCCACGUGAUAUGCUAGCUGAAUAUAAAGAUUCAACUGGUCAUCAACCUAGAUCUCAACUAAGAUCAAGUCCAACAUUCCAAGUCUCACCAUCAACAACGAAUGGAUUUCAACAACAAUCACCUCAUUCAGUUCGGCAAUCAAAUAGUGAUCGUCGUUUUCUUGAUGAUUCGGAUCCAUAUUUACCUUUGAGACUCGAACAAGAAGAACGAGAGAAAUAUGCUAUGAGAGUUAAUCCAGUUUCUGAUCGAGGCAAAUAUACAGUAUAUAUGUUUUUACCAUUAGAUACGAACAGAACAACAUCUUCGAAACGAUCUCCUCUUGGUCAUUAUCCAUCGUCUCGAAAUUCGCAUAGUCAUCAACCAUCAUAUCAAGAUACAAAUAGUCGUCGAUCUCCUACACGAGAUGCACAUAGCCAUCGAUCUCCUACUAGAGAUACAUAUAGUUAUCGACCAUCUUCUCGAGAUCCACAACAUGAUCGUCAAUAUCAUCAAUAUUUUCCACAACUGCCACCAUCAUCAUAUGAUCAAGCUCGAGCACCUGUGCCUAUUCAAUAUACUUCAAUACGUUUACCACUUCUUCGUCUCGGAGCGCCUGUAAUCACUACUACACCGAUGUUAGCACAAGCACGAUAUCCACCACCUCCACCACCACCGGUUGCUUUUUAUCCACCUAGACCAAUAUAUGUUUCAACAGCACCUCGUCCUCCUCUUUCAAUGCUUCAUUUAGCUCCUCAACUUCCACCACCAGCAGCAAUUUCACCACGAGCAACACGAGCUGAUCAACAAAAGUUGUCCUAUGUGCAAAAUAUUAUGCACCGAUAUGCUGAAAGCAAUCGACCUCGUCUUCAAUUAUUACAAAUGCGUCCACACCCUAAAAUACCUGAUACUACUGAAUUAAAAGUACCAAUGCCUGCACCUAAUAUUGUUACUACAUCAUCUGAUACAAAAAUUGAUACAGGUAUACAAGUUGACGUACCUCGACAAGAUGGUUUUGUUAUUGAACCAGGUCUUUUUCAAGCAUUAUUACGAGAUGCUACUGGUGUAAAUUUUACAUCAGCUGAAGCUCAUUAUUCUGCUGCUCGUCAAAUUCAACAACAAGCAAUUGAAGCUCGUCGUCGUGAACGAUCUACAAUGACUGAUUUACCAGCUCAUCAAAUUUUAUAUGAUUUACAAUAUGCUCGUGGUGGUGAAGGAGAUGAAAGAAAAUUUGUUAAUGUUACUGAUAUAGCUGGUCCACAUGCUGAUGCAUUACUAGCUCAAAUCAGACGAGAUCAAAUGGAACGAGAACAACUUCAUUUACGACAACAACAACCACCGCCACCAUCAAUACCAAUGGUUACUAAUGUAACUGAAAUGCCAUCAACUACUUAUCCCAUUGGUUUCGAACGACAACAUACACAACUAUUACAACAACAACAAGAAUCUAUGACACAACCUUCGUAUCCAAACGGAUUUGAAAAGCAACCUUUAGGUUUUUAUAAUCCUGAUGAAUUGCAACAAAAAAGUGAACUUAUUUUACAACGUCGACGACAACGAGAACAAGAAGAAAAACAAGCCGAACGACUUGCUUUUGGUAAUAUUGCUGAUGAUCGUUCUCAACGAAGAGUUUCGUAUGAACCACACAUACAAACAUAUGAAUCAGAUGAACAUGAUGUUCCUCUUGAAUAUCUAAUAAAGCAACCUCGCCUUACAGAACUAACAUCAGAUACAAGUUCACAUGCAGUAGAUCCUAUUUCAGUUCGUUCAACUACACCUCGUUCACCACAUAAACAAAUUUCUAGUGAACGUCCGAUUUCAAUAAAGACUACAACACCUCGUGAUCCAUUUUCUCCGCGUAAACAAGUUUCAAGUGAACGACGAACUUCAAUUAAGACUACUACACCUCGUGAUUCGUUUUCUCCACGUAAACAAGUUUCAAGUGAACAACCAAUUUCAAUUAAAACUACUACACCUCGUGAUCCAUUUUCUCCACGUAAAACUGUCAGUCACUCGUCAUAUUCAGCAACUGGUACACCACGUAAAGCUACAUCACCUACAAUUGCUGAUCGACAUCGUGAAGCUCGUCAACGACAGCAACAAAUAUUAUCACGUCUACGUGAUGAAAAUGCUCUUCGUUUUGCUGAUGCUGUUCUUCAUGGUGAACCUAUACCACCAACACGAGCUUUAGAUGAAUUUCAAAUUGAACCAUUAGAAACAAGUUUCACAUCAACUGUACGUGAACUGGCUAGUGCUGAUGGCAUUAUUAAUCGUACAUAUGAUCUGGAUUUUAAUGAUGAUGAUGUUGAUAUAGGUGAUGAUUAUGUCGAACGAAUACCAUCGAGACCAAUGUCAGCGACAACAUCUCAUUUUAAUCAUAAUGCAACACAAUAUUCAACAUCAUCUUCAGUCCUACCACGACCAUCAUCAGCAUCAUCAAUAAGAUCUUCUCGAAAAAUUACACCAAUGGGAAAAGCUAUUAUUCAGGCUAAACAAAAAGGUCCACCACCAGCUCGUAGUAAUAUGGCAAGAAAACGACCACUUUCAUCUCCAGCAAAUCUUGGACAAAAACGAGGUUCAAUGACUGCUCCUGUAAAAAGCAGUCAAGUUCACACACAACUGGUACGAACUAUACGUAAAGCAUCACCACCUGCUCAUAAACCAACGACAUACAAUCAACGUGUACGUGCUUUAAAUAAGACAGAUAGUGAUAUACGAACAAUGGUGAAACCUGAUUCAACUGAUCCUAAGGCACUCAUGCGUUUGUAUGGUACACGACGAGUACCAGGUCUUUAUGUACCUUAUGAAAAGACGGAACCACGAGUAACAAAGACCUAUUCAGAACGAAUGAAAGAAUUGCAACGACCUGCAUCAGCUCAACCUCAAAGGCAACGACAAUCACAAAGACAACAAGAAGAAGAAUUUGAACGUCCAUCAAGUGCUCCCUCUAGUUCUGUGAGUUUGUCCGAUUGGGAAAUUGAUGAUCGUGUUAAACAAUUAUUAGCUGACGAUCAAGAUACAUUACCUUAUAAAAAAUUGACUAAAACAGUAACACCAUUAGCUGAUCUUGAUGAACUUGAUGAUGAUAAUAUGGAUGAAACAACUUAUAGUUUGACUCGUGUAACUGAACAAACAAAUGAAAAUACUUAUGGUGAAGAUCUUCGAUUACUACAAAAUCGACGAUCUAGCGCAUUGAAUACCAAUACAUAUGGUGGUACAAGAGUUAGUGCACGAAGUAGUGCUGGUGGUGAUAUGACAGCACGUGAUGAAAGUGAAUUAUCAAGAGGUGAAAGUAGUAUUAACAGCUACCUUGAUUGGAGUGUAAUUGAUAAAGAUUUUCCGACAGGAACACAAUAA